AUGACGCCCAGGGCGAAUGAGAAGGACGGCCGCGGUGCCCACCUGCCGGUGAGCUUCUGCCUCGAAGAAGAGGCGGCGGAAGAUCGGAAAGGAGGGGAGCGCAAGAGUCGCCUUAGCAGGGGCAGCGACAGCAGCGAAUGCAGCACCUGCCUGCCCGACGACUACAUCGUUGAGCUGCAGACAGAGCUCAGCAAGCGCGCUGCCAAGCUGGAAAAGUUGGAGACGGAACUGGCAGAGCUGCUGUCUGCGAAUGACCUACUUCGCACGGAGUGCCAGCUCAGCAAGUGCAAUGUCGACCAGCUGCUGUCGGAGAACGACCUCCUGCGCAGGGAGUGCCACGACAGCAACUGCAAGCUGCAGGUCGACAUGUCGUUGAGAAAGUUGCAAACUCGCAAGUUGCGGAUCUCAAACAAGAGACUGCGGGAGGAGUGCCAAGACACGAAGCAGCACCUCGAAGAGGCGGUAGCCCUCAACGCUGCUCUGCAGAGCAAGCUUCAGGUGGCCGAGACGAGGUUGAAAGAGAAGUGUUGCCCAAUGUCAGCCGCACCUUUUUGCUUGGACGCGGCGGGCGAGGCUGAUCUUCCACAGAAAGUGCCUCCUUUUGCUGGGAAGAGCCUUGAUGCAGAGAGCGAGAGGUCUACAAACGACGAGUCUCGCACGAGGUCUUCUGGGGCCAUGGAUGAUGAAUGUCUGGACCUGUCAGACCCGUCAUCCUCUGUGCCCAAUCUGUUGCAGUACCUUACCGUGGAUGACAUCUUGGCGUGCCGCCUGACAGCCCGGCAGGCCUUCCUCAACAAGAGGACCGGCCUGGCGGACUGGUACCUGGAGACCGCGUCCAAGAAGGAAUAUGUGCCUGGAGCGCUCCGGGCGGAUACGUCCCAGACGAUGCUGGCCAGCAGAGCCGCGCCUGCCGAGAGUGUGGACCCGACAGACCCACCAUGCCUCGUGCUGCCCAGCCUUUUGCAGUACCUUUCGGUGGAUGACAUGCUGGAGUGGCGCGUGACGUCUCGGCACACCAGGAGUCCCAGGGUCUUGAUACAGCACCUGGAGGAAAUGGGCAGAUUGGAUAGGUCCGAGUCGAUUCAUGACUUUUCUGUCAAAUUUGAUCGUGCAAUCAAAGACAAUGGUCAAGCCGAUGUCUGCGGAAAUGAUGCCGAGCAGAUUAAGUACUUUGAGUGUCGGUGGUGGUGUAUGAGGCUGGCAAGCGCAAGAAAGACCCACUUCGCAGAAAGUGAUGCCCGCCGCAUCGUCCUUGCAAACCUUCGAGACUUGCUUGGGCACUGCGGCGACGUGGAUGCAUCUGUGAGGGCAUCCGCGGACCAUCUUGUUCGCAACUACGGGAAAGGUGGUCUGCCUUGUGUGCAGCAAGCGAUUGCUGAAGCCAUGCUUGGCCUAAUGGAGAACCUACUGUCGGGGUCCACCCAAAUCAGCCAAGAAGUCUCGACCCGGGUGAUGAAGUGCUCAUAUCACAUUCGGCAUGUUGCGCGUGUGCUGGAGAAGCCUCAGCGUCAGAAGUGGGUGUCCCUGCUGGUCAGAGUCCUACUUGGUCAGCAAUCAUGUCCAAAGCGAUUGAUCAGUGACCUUGAGCUCCUUUGGCGGGCCGAUGACGAUCCCGGUCGAAGCUAUGCAGAGGCAGAGCAGCAGCUGAGGGCUUUCAGAACGAACGCCAGCAAAGAAACGCGGAAGGACGUGUGGACUCUCCUGCACUGCUGA